AUGGAGAAAACUGUGACAUCUGUUCCUGUGAAGAGGGAAAAGGAAGAAAACGAACAAAUUCGUAAACUCUUCAUUGGUGGCUUGAGCUCUGAAACCACAGAAGAAAGUCUGAAGAACUACUACCAGCAGUGGGGAGAACUCACAGACUGUGUGGUCAUAAGGGGCCUUGCCAGUCAAAAAUCAAGAGGGUUUGGUUUUGUUACUUUCUCCUCCGUGGCUGAGGUGGAUGCAGCCAUGGCGGCCAGACCUCAUUCCAUUGAUGGGAGAGUGGUUGACCCCAAACGUGCUGUUGCGAGAGAGAAAUCUGAAAAACAGGGGUCGCUUGUCACUGUGAAGAAGCUGUUCGUUGGUGGAAUUAAGGAAGAUACCGAGGAGCAUCAUCUUAGAGAGUACUUUGAGAAAUAUGGAAAAAUCGAUGUCAUUGAGAUCAUUACUGAUAGGCAGUCGGGCAAGAAAAGAGGCUUUGGAUUUGUGACUUUUGAUGACUAUGAUCCUGUGGAUAAGAUAGUAUUGCAGAAAUACCAUACCAUCAAUGGUCAUCGUGCAGAAGUCGGGAAGGCUUUAUCGAAACAGGAAAUGAAGGAAACUCAAGGUUCUAGAAGUAGAAAAGGAGGCCCCUUUGGUUUUAGUGUUUCUUCUAGUGGGGGUGGAAAUUUUGGACGAGGGCCAGGAACUAAAUUUAGAGGAGAAGCUGAUGGAUAUGGAAAUGGUCCCAGAUCUAGGGAUGGCUAUCACGGGUAUGGAGGAGGACCUGGAGGUGGUAAUUUUGUAGGUUACCCUUGUUAUGGAGGAGGAGGUGGAGAAUAUGGUGGUCGAGGUCCUGGGUAUGGCAACCAGUGGAAGUUCUCUGGAGGUGGUUAUGGCAAUAAUUUUGGAAAUUACAACCAGCAACCGUCUAAUUACGGUCCAAUGAGGAAUGGUAUCUUUGAUGUUGGCAGGAACAUAGCAGCCCCAUACGGUGGAGAAAAUUAUGGCCCAGGAGGCAGUGGAGGAAGUUGGGGUUAUGGAGGAGGAAGUGGAUAUUGA